AUGGCUCAAAACAAUACCGUAACAGCAGGAAUGACUGCUGAUCAUGCUCGCUCACCCAACAUCAGAGUCGUCGUUGGCAAAUGGGACGAGUACGCCGACACGGAUUCUGGUCUCGUCCAGUUGAACGUCUUCUACAUCAACAAAUCCUUCCUCAUUCAGCAUUCCCGAUACUUCGCCAUUCUCUUGGAUACUGCACCUCCUCGAGAUGUUGUCCGUCUGCAGAUUCCAAAUAACGACAAUCAUGCCAACUGUUCGGGGGAUAAGGAGGAAUACCAGGUCUUUGCAGACUGGCUCGAUGCAAUGUACAGAUCGGAAGAUGGAGGAAGCAAGCUCGACGUCUGGGAGUACUCGGACGUUAACCAACGCAUGGAAUUUGCUGAUUUCGUGGGCUCGACCAAGUAUAAGAACUUCGUGAUGGACUCAAUUCAGCGACUCCCGAUUGAAACAUGGGGUGUGGGAGAACUGGACAGCCUGGACCUCGUGCGAGAAAGCGCAGACCUCUACGUCGACUAUGCGCUUGAGUGUCUGGCGUACAGGGUCAUCACAAAGGGUUGGACCAACUUCACCGGGGCCGACGGCAGCGACGACAUAACUGGAUGGAAAGCCUUCUUGGAGCAGCAAUCCGACACCUUUGGCAUCCUUAAUAAACUCCUGAUAAGGAUUGAUGAGCUGAAUGAGACAAAGGAUGCUGGAAAGCUGGUCGACCCGACUGCGCGCAAGGACUGCAAGUGGCACGAACAUACCGAGGAAGAUAGGGAGAAGUGUCCUCGAUAUCACCCGAAGGAGAGCGUGGGUGGUGUGGUUUCCCUUGAAAAGCAGGACGGCAAGCAGGCAUCGGGGCAGUAA